AUGGCUGCCACGACUCCCUCGGAUGCAGCGGGCGACAAGCCGCUGCCCAAGAUCAAGCUCUACUGGCUCGAACGAUCGCGGUCGCAGCGCAUCGUCUGGCUCCUCGAGGAGUUGGGUGCGCCGUACGAGCUCGAGGUCUUCCACCGCGACAAGCAGACGAUGCUGGCGCCGGCCGAGCUGGAAAAGGUGCACCCGCUGGGCAAGUCGCCCGUCGUCAGCGUCACGCCUGGCGGCGGCGGCGACGCCGUGGUGCUGGCCGAGAGCGGCUUCAUGACGCAGUACCUGUGCGAGCACCUGCCGGGGGGCGGGCGGCUCAUGCCCGCGCGCUGGAAGGAGGGCCGCGAGGGCGAGGUCGGCGGCGAGACGGAGGCGUGGCUGAGGUAUCAGUAUUACCUGCACUAUGCCGAAGGCAGCCUGAUGCCGAUCCUGGUCAUGGCCCUGGUUAUUUCGCGCCUCAAGUCCAGCCAGGUGCCCUUCCUGGUACGGCCCAUCACGUCGGCGGCCGCCAACGCCAUCGUGUCCAACUUCAUCUUCCCCAACGCGCAGAAGCACCUGCGCAUGCUCGAGGGCCAGCUGGCGACGUCGGGCGGGCGCUACCUGUGCGGCGACUCGCUGACGGCGGUCGAUAUCCUCAUGAGCUUCCCGCUCAUCGCGGCAAAGGGCCGGUGGGACAGCAUGGGCCGGUGGGAGGGCGGGUCGUGGGCCAAGGCGCACCCGCGCGUGGCCGAGUACGUCGAGAGGCUGGAGAAGGAGGAGGGAUACCGGCGGAGCGUGGAGAAGAUUGAGGCUGUCGACGGAAGCUUUUCGGCGACGCUGUGA